AUGGCAGAAGACAUCGGCCAGAAUUUGGAUCUCGAAAAGAUCUUGGCUACUCUUGCGAAUCUACCCAAACCAGUGCCUCAGCCGUACCAGGAUCAACAGCAACCAUACGAACCCUAUCAAAGUCAUCAGGGAUAUCAAGACGAUCAGCAACCCUACUCUUCUGGCCAAAACAACCCCUAUCAGCAACCUGCUGAUCCGCGUCUGGCUGGUCGUUCGGCUCUGCAGCAUCGACACCCACCUCCCAAACCACAGGACAGAGUCUCCUCCCCUUUCAUUGACCCCUCAACGAUCACGGAAUGGAAGCAGGGUCUCCGUUGUGUGAGCAAAAUAGCUUCUCAGAAUCCGGACUUUUCUCCUGCAGUGCGCAAGUUAAUGAAAGAUCAAGAGUCAAACGUCAAGUCUUGGGAGGCUGGACGCAAGAACCUUAUUGACGAACAAAAGUUCAAGCGGGAGAACGAGCGGACCAAUCGAGCUGCGUUGUCUUUACCAGGUCUUCUAGAGAAUACACCUUUGCUUCGUACACCAGAACGCGAGAAGGAAGAACUUGAGCAAUAUGACGCCAAAGUAUACCGAGCUUGUAAAGCUAUGGUUGACUCGCAAACCUCGUCCCUCAAGGUCUUGGGCGUACCUUUCUUUGGUGUAAAGCCACAUCUAGUAUCAGGCGCUAGCUACGAUCCGACAGAAGUUACAGACUCACAGUCAGUCCCGACGGGCGGUAAGAUAUCAAAAGAGCAGCUGCUUGAACUGCAAAGGAAGAUGCUGAACCACUUGAUGGAGCUAUAUGGAGACUGA